UGACUAUAUUCACACACAGAGCCAACGGCCGAGCGUGUUACGCAGCUCCUGAGCGCGUAGACGAUGAAUCUGGAUGUGGAAGAGGCACCGGUGAUGAUCCCGCACGAGCGGCCGCUGCGGGUUCUGUCAUCGUUCCUCGCGCGCUCGUUCCGGCGGACACUGCACGCACGCCACGAGGGCCAUCUUGCGAAGGCGAUCGCGAUGAACCAGAAGCUCACUUUCACCGAGCGCAUGUGGCCCGCCCUCCACGACUCGGAAGAGGGCGCGAUCAUCGAGGAAGCCGUCGACGACGGCGGAGACAGCAGCUUAGACGAGAAGUUUGCCCACGAAAAGGGAGUAAUUUGUGUCUGGGACGAGCAGAUCAGGCCGGUGCAUUCAGCGCAGAACAACAGGCCGGUGGAUGGUCGCGUCUACUGCAGCAACGAACGCGAAAGCCUCGACAGCGCGUCACCGCCGCUCUCGAGUGCAACUAGCAGCACACGCCCAUCGCUUUUCAUGACCUCCAUGAAGUCAAGUAGCCUAAGUAUACCGACACUCCUGCCGCCAUGCUCAGACACCGCCCGCGAUAUUCCCUCUCAUUAUCCUCUGCAUCAUCCACGAGCUGGUAUACAGUCACCACUGACGACGACGAGGACCCCCACGUCUACAUCGAGCAAAUUGACAUACUGGCCGAUGACUCCAAGUAUUCUACGCCAGUACUGAAAAAGAUACCUUCUCGGUCUGCAGCUCGUUUUUUCUUUCGGUGCUGAUUAUCUCUCUACCUCUCCAACAUAGAACAAGAUUGACGGUUUUAAUUAGACACUAUUACAGUCACCAAUAAAUGUCGCGUAUACCUACCGCCCACAUUGGUAGGGAGGCGUGCGACAUGCGCACUUACGACC